UUAUCUUACCUUAUUUUUUUAUUUCUCACCCUUUUUUCUAAUUUUUAAUUAGAUUAUUCAGAUUUUCUCCCUUUCUCACUAAGUCAAUCUAGAGGAAGAAAAUGCAGCCUUCCUGUGCCUCCAUCGUUUUUGGUUCAAGUUCAAGGUCACUGAUUACUUUGUCACCAUCAAGUAGUAGCGUUGAUCGUGCCACAGUUACCGGAACCAGAGUGUGAUUCCAUUGCCACCGCAACCAGAGUGUGAUUCCAUUGCCACCGCAACCAUCGUAACAGUGUAAUCCCUACUUUUGUUCAGCAGCACCUUGUCCAAGAUUCAACCAAUUGGCAGCUCUUUAUGAUGCCACCUGAAGAUGAAGAAAAUAUCAACCAAGAAGAAAAUGUCAACCAAUAAAUCUUCUACAUGGGGACAUGUAGUUACACCUGCAGCUCAUCAUCAAUCUCAUUCAGACGAAUAUAUGGGGUGCUAAAACGUUUCCCAGAUGGCCAAUGAAACAAGUUACUAGAAAACGAGGUACAAAAUAACCAUCCAAUAACUGAGCUGUCUGCUGCCACAAUAACAACAAAGAAGAAUCUAGGGCCGGCCGGUAACUGUUAAGUUUUAACUGUCAAUUCUUUGUCUGUUACCUAGCACGUGACUAAUUACAAUUUUUUUACGACACUCAUUUGUUUAUUUUAAAUACACGUUCCUUCGUAGUCAUCAUCGUAUUCACACACACUCAGAGCUCUCUUAGCACCUUGGCUCAUAUCAAUGGCCAACCAAAACUCUUUCCCUCUCUAUGAGAAACACCGGUACAAGUACACUUAUAAAAGGGUAACGGAGAGCUUGCUUUUGAUCCUUCUCUUGUUGCUGCUUGGUUACCGCGUUAUCUCUGUCAACAACUACUCAUUCCCUUGGUUUGUUGCUUUCGUCUGCGAAUCAUGGUUCACCCUCUCUUGGUUUUUCACCCUCUCCACUCAGUGGAGUCCAGCACUAAUCAAAACCUACCCAGAACGUCUCUUACAAAGUGUGCAGGAGCUUCCACGAGUGGAUAUGUUUGUGACAACAGCGGAUCCUGUGCUUGAACCACCUAUUAUCACAGUGAACACUGUGUUGUCUCUGUUGGCACUUGAUUACCCACCUCACAAGCUUGCUUGUUAUGUCUCUGACGAUGGUUGUUCCACUCUUACCUUCUACGCUCUUCAAGAAGCCUCCAAAUUUGCAAAGUUUUGGGUACCAUUCUGCAAGAAACACAAUGUGCAAGUUAGAACUCCGUUCAGAUACUUCUCUGCCAAACCAGAAGUCUCCACGGCCAGCAACACACCAGAGUUCAAACAUGAAUGGUUACAGAUGAAGAAUAUGUAUGAUGAUCUUAGCCAAAAAAUAGAAUUGGAAGCAUCCCAAAAAUCAAAUCCAAGUCAUGGAAACUUUGCUGUUUUUUCAAACACUGAGAGGACAAAUCAUCCAUCCAUAAUCAAGGUUAUAUGGGAGAACAAAGAAGACCUUGAAGAUGGGUUACCUCAUUUGAUCUAUAUAUCUAGAGAGAAGAGGCCAAAACAUUCUCAUCAUUUCAAAGCUGGUGCCAUGAAUGUAUUGACAAGAGUCUCUGGGUUGAUAACCAAUGCUCCCUUUAUGCUGAACGUGGACUGUGACAUGAUUGUUAAUAAUCCAAAGAUUGUUCAUCAUGCAUUGUGCAUUUUACUUGAUCCCAAAGGACAAAAAGAAGUUGCAUUUGCCCAAUUUCCCCAACAAUUCUACGCUACGUUGAAGGACGAUCCUUUUGGAAACCAGAUGACAAUUUUGAUUAAGUACUUGGCAGCGGGAUUAGCUGGGCUGCAAGGGCCUUUCUACGCAGGAACAAACUGCUUCCAUAGAAGAAAAGUUAUAUAUGGUCUUUCUCCAGAUCACGUUCACAAGGGAAACAGCAUAUCAGAAAAGGAUUUAAAACAAAAUUUUGGAGCUUCAAAAGAGCUUAUGAAGUCAGUUGCUUGUGCAUUGGAGGGAAGGACAUAUUCACCAAAUGCUGUUAAUAUUGCAAACGUUAUUGAGGCAGCAAGCCAAGUUGCUGGUUGUGGAUAUGAAUAUGGCACAGGAUGGGGCAAACAGGUGGGUUGGAUAUAUGGAUCCCUAACAGAGGACGUGCUUACUGGACUGACAAUCCAUGAAAGAGGUUGGAGAUCAGAAAUCUGUACACCAAACCCAAUUGCCUUCACGGGCUUUGCUCCAGGAGGUGGCCCAACUACAAUGGCCCAACAGAAGAGAUGGGCCACAGGGAUGCUGGAGAUCUUUGUAAGCAAGCACUGUCCUAUUUUUGGCACCCUUUUUCAUAAGCUUACUUUGAGACAGUGCAUAGCAUAUAUGUGGAUUCACAAUUGGGGACUGCUACCAGCGUUUGAAGUAUGUUAUGCAUGUCUUCUUGCACACUGCAUCAUCACCAAUUCCAAUUUAUUGCCACAGGACCUUGGAAUGUGUAUUCCAGUUGCUAUUCUUGUAAUUUACAAGGUAUACACUGUAUCAGUGUAUUUAGCAGAAGGGUUAUCAAUAAAAGCAUGGUGGAAUAAUCAAAGGAUGUCAAGAAUAACACCCAUGAAUGCUGGUUUCUGUGCCUUUCUGAGUGUCCUGCUCAAGACUUUAGGAAUGUCUGAAACUGUAUUUGACAUAACAAAGAAAGAUUUACCUCCAACAAAUGAUGUUGGAGAUGACAAGGAUGGUGGCAGGUACACCUUCGAUGAAUCCCUAGUUUUCUUGCCAGGCACUACCAUUUUGCUGUUGCAUUUGUCAGCAAUAACUAUCAGGUUAUUAGGAACGCGACCAGUGGUGGCAAUUCAAAGCAAGAACGAGUGUGGAAUUGGUGAGAUUUUUUGUAGUGUUUAUUUGAUUAUUUGUUAUUGGCCAUUUCUGAGGGGAUUAUUUGAGACAGGAAAAUAUAGGAUUCCCUUGUCUACAAUAUACAAAUCAAUUGUCUUAACAUGUCUCUUUGUACACCUUUCUAGAAAAACUGUUGCUGCUUGAUCAGGUUUAGAAACUAUGGAAAAAACAAUGAAUAUGGUGAAUAUGAGAAAAUAUUUUGUUAAUAUCCCAUACGUUAUGAUUAUACUCGUGGA